GUUCUUCCUGUUCGCGUUGGGAAACCAAUCGAAGAGGAGGCGGGACGCCCCCGGGCGCCGACGCCGAUGACUCGAUGAGGUCGCCGGCGGAGGUGAACUCGUAGUGAGCCACUAGCGAGCUUCAAAAUUUUACAAAAGUAAUUUGUUUGAAUUGUACAUAAACACUCUGUUCUGGAUAGUUUAUGUAGCGUGUACAAAAUCUACAUAGUGUUGAAAAAUAGAUUGAAACAUUUCCAUAACCCCGGAUGCAUGGUACCAUUUUCUCCAUUUAACACAAUGAAAAAAAUGAAGAAAAAAUGAUGAUGCGUUGUGACUUGUUGUUCACACUUGUUUCAGUGAUGUAUGUUGUUGCAGGUUUUUAAUUUUUCGGGUUAUGAUAUUUAAAAAUCAAAAUAACUGAAUAUGUUCCGUUCCAUCCCUUGCAACAGAUAGCGUUGCCUCUGACACUCAAGUGUAACUCAUUGUAAUAGUGGGUUAACAUCUUCUAAAGCUUAUUUGUCUAACCUCUAUGCCAGUUCAAUCAGGGGCAGAUCCAAGGGGGCUAGGAGCCCACUACUGCUCGGUGGAAGUCCCUCUGAGCCUCCUAACAUUUUUUUUGUCAUGGAAGAAGGAGAGUAAGAGGAAGAAAUGAGUAAGAGGAAGGAGAGGGAGGUGGAUGAGGCUCCUACCUAGUUCCUCUGCAUCCGUCACUCCGUCAGUCAACAGAAAAUAUAUCAAACCCAAAUAAAAUAUUUCACUGCCAUUCUAGCUCUCCACAUAUACACCACAUGUGAAAAGAGGCCGGAUGAAAAGAAAAGGAUCUGCGUGCGUCACUCCAAGCAUGCGCCAAACAGAUAAAAGAAAAAUCCAUGCAAGCAUGGUUGCGGCUGUUGCUUCCAUAAAAAGAAAAAGAUCUCCACUUCACCAGCAGAGCCCACUCACUCAUGGCAGCAGAGCAGAGCAGACAGCAGAGGACCUAACAAACAAGCAGCCUCAUGAUCAAGACUUGGAUUCACGGCCAGCUUUUGAGUUUGCUUUACUCAAGAGCAAGAGCAGAAACAGCACAAGAACCUGCCAUCACCAAGGAGACGAGAAUACCGUCGACAUAGGGGCAAAAUGGUCAAUACACAGAAUGAGCAAGGCACUGUAAAUGGCGCUCCUCGGCACAGCAUUGGCGCAAGCAAAGCCAGCGCAAUUAAAUUCCUUUCUUCCGCUCUGCUCUUGCCAUCUGAUAUUCUUCUCUUCUAGUUUUGCUAGCUUUCACCUUUCAGGAGAUCAGAGGGUGUGAGCUUGAAUAGGAGAGAGCAAGUGCAGCAAUGGCCAUGAGCAUGAAGCAUUUGCUGCUGCUGACUCUUGGGCUCGCGAUGGCGGCGACGUCGUCGGCGGUCGUCUACAAGGUCGGCGACACCUCCGGGUGGACGAUCCUCGGCAACAUCAACUACACCGACUGGACCGGGAAUAAGACUUUCCAUGUCGGAGACACCAUAGAGUUCCAGUACCCCAAGGGCAUCCACAACGUGCUGGAGGUGAAGAAGGCCGACUACGACAGCUGCACCAACUCGUCGCCGAUCGCCACGCACACCUCCGGCGACGACAAGAUCGUCAUCAAGAGCCCCGGCCACCGCUUCUUCAUCUGCGGCAUCCCCGGCCACUGCGCCGCCGGCCAGAAGGUCAACAUCCGCGUGCUCAAGCCGCGCUCCUCUGACGCCCCUUCCACGGCGCCCACCGCGUCCGCCCCCGCUCCCGCGCGCGCCGCGGCGUCAUCACCCGGCGGCAGCAGCGAGCCGAGCAGCGCCUCGACGCCGGCCGCGACGUCCACGGACAGCUCGCCCGACGCGACGACGACCGCGCCCGCGCCUAAAGCCAAUGGCGCCGGCGCUGGCGCAGGCUACCGAACCGCCGUUGCCAUGGCACUGGCUGCGGUCGCCACCACGGCGAUGCUACAGUAGAAUACCAUCCCCUAGCUAUCGUAUGCAUCGACAUGUGAUUAUUUUGCCGUUAUGUGUGUGGAUUGAUCAUUUUUUUUGGUUCUUGUUCAUUGCUGGUGUGAAUUGUUCAGACAUUGUACUUUUAUCUGGCGAUCUUAACCUUCUUCUUUUA